UGACAAAUAUUGGCCACAUUGGUCAUCAACUCUCUGUAUAUAUUACCACCGUCAUUAAUUUCAUAAAGAAGCAAAGGCCCUCUAACCAAAAGCCCUCAUCACCACCGCCUUCUGCAUAUUAGGAUGUCUAUAGAGAACCUCAACAACUCAAUCGAGCAUGACCAGCUCACCAUUUAUCAAGUAUCACUGAGAGGGGAUGUAGCUGAAUUAGAUGCAUUGCUUCAACAAGAUGAGCUCAUUCUUGAUAGAGUCACUGUUUCUUCCUUUCAUGAAACUCCCUUACACAUUGCAGCCAUGCGAGGUCACCUUCAGUUUGCUCAAGCACUCCUCAAUCUGAAGCCCAAACUAGCCGAGGAGUUAGACUCUCUUUGCCGCUUGCCUCUUCACUUGGCUUCUGCAGAAGGCUACUCCCAUAUUGUUAAAGAGUUGGUAACUGUGAAUCCUGAUGCUUGCUGGGCACGUGAUAUCAAGAUGGAAGAAUCCCACUUCACUUGGAAUCCUGAGUCAAUAAGAGAGAAGAUGGAUAAUGGAGAGACAAUCUUGCACUUAUGUGUUAAAUAUAAUCGGUUGGAGGCUUUGAAAUUGUUGGUGGAAACGGUACGAGAUGAUGAAUUUGUCAGUGCCGCGGAUGAUAAUGGCAAUACCAUUUUGCACCUUGCAGCCAUCCUCAAACAUGUGCAGAUUACAAAAUACUUACUUUUGGAGACUAGCAUCAAAGAAAAUGCAAAUACCUUGAACAAGAAUGGAUUCACAGCACUGGAUGCUCUAGAGCACAGUCCAAUGGACUCAAAAGGCCUGGAAAUAAAGAUCAUUCUUCUAGAAGCUGAAGCAUGCCAUGCUCAGAGGAACGAAGAGCGCAAUAGUAAAGUUCGAUCAUCAACAGUACAAAGAAAGAGAGGCCUAGCUGCCAGAACCUGUAAAUGGUGGAAUAAUUACUUAAAGAAAGUCGGCAAGAGAUUCGAAGAGGCACGAGGCAAUAUUCUGAUAGCAGCUACUCUAACAGCAACUAUAGCUUUUCAAGCUGGGGUAAACCCACCCCAAUUUAAUAAAGACCAGAAUGCAACUACAGCUUCAGCUCCUUCUUAUAUUGGUGAUCUCCUUCAGGGGUCAGAAACAAAUUUCUGGUAUUGCAACACUGUUUCUUUGAUGCUCUCUCUUAUUAUUAUUAUGCUGAUGUUUAGUGGAAUUCCUUUUAAAAAUAAGAUUUUAGGAGUUUUCCUAGUAAUUAUCAUGUGCAUCGCAAUCCUAUAUAUAUCACAGACAUAUUUCUUUGCGGCGGCAUCAAACAUGAGGCUGGGAGAAAAUGGUUGGACUUUAGCAGAGAAAACAUUGUUGAUAAUUCCCACUAUAAUUUAUUUUUUAUUAUGCUUUAUUAUUUUGAUACAUUUUGCUUCCUUUUUGAUCUGGCUGUUUCAGAAGAUCUAUGGAUGUAUUUCUAAAUUAAUAUCGAGUUUAUGUUUUUAAAGUUUUUUUUUUUUUUUUUUUUGCUAAGAGAUAAUUUCUAUUAAUUGCAACCUUUGAGCUUUAUGCAAUGAAAGGCACUCCAUGAAAAAGAGAGCGUGGACUCGAUCUUGGCCUGAAGGUGCUUUCUUCGAUCACAUCUCUUCAUUGCUUCUUUAUUGUUUUUU